CUUCCGCUCGCACAAGCUCGGCGCAACUCGCGCAGCCUGUACCGCCGUAUUCUGCGCGAGAGCCGUCAACUGGAGCCCAACACGCGCGAAUUGUACCGUCGAUUCGCAAGAUCAGUGCAGGUGACAAACGAGAGCUUCCGAUCCGACUGCCGUUUACAUGAAACGCCUGAUGGGUACAUCCAAGAUGUGUCUGCCUCUGAAGUAUUCACGGGGCUGAAAUUUGGCACGAAAGGCUGCUUUACGCUUGCUCUAGCCCGCUGCAUGAUGCAGUGCACCUCUGCGGCCAUUUAUAUAGCUCAGGAAGCUAGGCACUCAUUAGCAUUUGACUGCACCUUGAGCGUCAACUGCACCACGCGGAACUGGGACAUCAUCGAAAUGGGGUGA